UAAUAUUCACCCACACCCUCAAUCCUCAUACUCAUGCACAUCAAAGCUUAAGCACCUCCUGCCAAACACACCCACACACACUGAAAAAUGGGGCAAAAUUCUGUGUUUAAGUCUCCAAAGAAAGAAGAACAACUUGUCCCAGAUUCCAUAAUCGAUGAAUAUUUUGAAAGCAACGCUGACAAUCUAUCUGAUUUCGAGGGCAUUUUGGAUAUUAAACAUAAAGAAAUCAAGGAGAAGGUGUUAUGAGUAUCACUUAUGAUGAACUCAAUUGGGAUCAUUUGAUCGAAUGGGAUGAAUUUUCAAUCAAUGAAGUGGAUCAAGAUCAGGCUGUUUGUGAUGGGGAAAAGUCCGCAAAUCGGGAGGGUAGUAUGGUCAAUUUGAUUGGAAACAUAAAGAAAGAAAUUUGGGGAUAUUGGGAAGAAGAAGAAGUCGAUGAUGAUGAAGAUCAAGAGCAUAAUGAGAAGAAAGAGAGUUUAUAUUUAAGCUUGAAUUAUCAAGACGUUAUGGAUGCCUGGUCGAACCGUGGUCCUUGUUGGACGGAUGACUUCGCUCAAUCAACCUCUGACAAUGGCUAUAUAGGAGAGGUACCGGUGAUGGAAGAAGCUCGAACCAAAAGGGAAGCAAGUGUUCUGAAAUAUAAAAAGAAACGUGAAAGUAGACUCUUUUCUAGAAAGAUAAGAUAUCAUGUUCGAAAACUCAAUGCUGAUAAAAGACCAAGACUCAAGGGAAGAUUUGUGGAAAGGGAAUCAUGAGAAGAUACUAAAAGGCGAUGAGAAAAAUAUCUACACAAAAAAAUAUCUUGUCAAAUUGUUUGGUAUUUUAUUUUCUACGUGGCCAUCCUUUGUGUAUUGUCUUUUUCAUAAUUCAUUUAUGUA